AUGGGCUUCAAAUAUCCUCACUACCUAGAGAACGACGGCAAGUCAGCCAGACCGAGCAAGCGUAGGCGCACAAUCGAGAGCUUUGCAACUGCUACAAACGAAGAGACACCAGAUGCAGGCACUGACGGUAACUUGCUGGACAACCUUCCUCCUCCUAUCGGGUACGAAGCAUUUUUCCAUGGUUGGGCCAAACAACUUCACAUGAGGCCCGACCGUAAGCUGAUAGAGGGUGGCGUUAUUGUCGCAGUUGCUGUUGUUCGUAAGGCCAUCAGUGACUACCAAGACCUCAAAACGGCUCGUACCACGGACUUGCCGGUAUCUGUGGAAGAUAACUCUAAAAGCAUAGCACUCCUUGAGCGCGAGUAUGAGCGUUUCGACAAGAGGCGUGAGAUGGUCAUGGCUCGCUUGAAUGAUAACCCCGACGCCGAGAACCUGUGGAAGGAGAUUGACAAACUCGACCUCAAGUGCGAGUCUGUUCAGAAAGCGAUCGAUAGAAAAAUAGAGUCUGCCAACCAGCGUGCACAACAAUUACAGGAGGAUGCGCAGAAAGCUGUUGACGAGUCUAUCGAACGAGUCAAUACGCUGUUGGCAAUCAGCGGUGGAGAACUAGCCAGCAUCACGGCAGCCAGUAAGUGCACUUCUGUAAAGAAACCUGAUAGCUCAACAAACUGUUUCGCUAACAUGUACUUAUUCCUUCAAGUAGACAACCUUGUGCUAGGGCCGAUCGAGCCUCUCAUCGCACCCCAGAACACUCGCCCUGCACUCCGUAUUGUCAACUCGUGCCUUGCGCUUCCCCCAAUCAAGCAUGACGCUGAGAGACGACAGAACGCGAUCCGUCUCAACAACCAUCUCCUUGAGACCCGUCCGCACCUGCACACACGUCGUUUUGCACUGCCGCAUGCCCCGAUUAACCAGGGAUUCCACCCGCGCAUCCUGCUGAACGAGCACUGUAUUGGCAAGUUCUUUGAAAACGAGAUUUUCAGCCGCGUGCUCGAUCUCUUCCCGGAGGUUGUCCAUGGUGCCUCGAUUGAGUUUGUACCCGGUAAUCCAGCCUGCCAUGCUGACUACUUUGCAUACCUCAAAGCCAACGUCAAGGGUAGAAUGCUACACACCUAUAUUGCACUUGAGUUCAAGAUGCCGUACCGCACUCGGCCACAGACGACUGGCAUACGGUCAGAGAUGGGCGAUUCAAGGGUCCGCGUGGAUGGGGAGUCAGGAAAGGCACUCGAAGACGCUGGAUUCGCUAGCAUUGCGCAUGGCGCGAAGCUGAUCCACCAGACAUAUUGCUAUGCGCGGGAUGGCAGGCUGACGUGUCCGCAGGUUCCUGACCCACGGCUGAUCAACCGAAAGUUCGGGUACUGCUCGACGUUCAACGAGUCAUGGGUCUGCGAGUAUGUCGAUAGUGACAUGGAGUCUCAGGGCUCGCUCACCGAGACUCAGCACACUGCUGUGUCGACUGGAUCCAGUGGCAGUAUUGUCGAUAAUCAGACUACUGGCAGUCCAACCCAGGCCACACCUGCGUGCUACAUCAAUGUGUCGUCAUGCUUCCAUGCCAACAACAACUCACCUCACAUCGCUGUGGUGAUUGUCGGUAUGCUCAGUGACGCUGUCAGAGACAUGCAAGACAACCCCGACCAGUACAUGGAGAUGGACCAGGCUGUCGACAAGACCAACCCAUUGAUGUCGCCUCCCAGUCAUGUAUCCAGGACUCCAUAUAAGAGUGGCACCAUGGUGUACAGCAUUCCAGGCAAGGUGCAUAGAAGGUCGCUGGGCCGACGCAGCAUACCUGGUAAUGGAUCUACCACCAAGGGACAGGAUAUGGCUGUCCUGGCUAUACAGUGCAAGCAGCAGUCGACGUUCGCCUUCCAGCCUCUCUUCCUGCACACGGAUGUAUGGUGUGGGAAUGCGGUUGUGAAUCAGCAUGCGCCGGAGCAGACUGACAUGGCGACUGACUCAACGCUGCAAGCGAGGCAAUCCACAGACGAUGGCUGUGUGACCCAGGGAAUCUGGGCAUGUGUCGUGGAGAACUGGCGCCCGCUGACAGGGCAUUUCACACUGGGACGGCAGCUCGGAUACGGCCGCAGCGGGUAUGUUCACGAAGCCUGGCACAACAAUAGGCAUGUCGCGCUAAAGUUGUGCCCUCUGCAGACGGAGGGCAGGAUUCUGGAAGAGAUCGUCCAGGAGACUAGGGUGUAUGACUAUCUGAGGGACCUGCAAGGCACCGAGCUGCCAACCCUGUACAACUACGGUGUAUUGGAGAUCAAUGGCGUGCUGUACUUGGCACUGGAACUCGAGUUCCUGCAGGAUGCGCUACAAGCCAACACCAUGUCGGUAUAUCGCGAGCAUUUGGUUGCAGCACUACCCUUGUCAGUCAAGAGUGAUAUCCUGAACAGCCUGGCUAAGCUUCAUGAGCGCGGCGUGGUGCACAACGACCCGCGGGUAUAUAAUGUACUGCUGGUGCAGGACCUAGCGCGACCAGACAGGUACAAGCCCAAGCUGCUGGAUCUGGCGAUGAGUUACAUAGAUGCGACAGAUGAGGCGAUCCAAGAGGACAAAAGGCUCUGGACAGCUGUGCUCAAUGGUGAAGCCAUCUGA